GCGUGGAAUACCUAGGAGCAUGCGAAUAUUUAUAGCGUUGGCUCUUCUGGCGUCGCUAGGUGUAGCAGCUGCUUCUCCUACAGGAUGCUGUGGAGAUGGGUCCUACAGCAGCAGGGGAAGAGGUGGCCACGGAGGAGGUGCAGGCAAUACAGGCGGUGGCCACAUGAGAGGAAGUAGUUAUGGAGGUAGUGGCCGAGGCGUUGGUGGCAGGAUUGUGAAGGCACAUCUUGCUAGGGUUGGUAAUCCCCCUGGUACCUUUAGUGGCAGCGUCGGAGGCAUAGGGAGGUAUGGCACUCGGGGCAGUGGCGGACACAGGAUUCCUAGAGGACCUAGUAUUGUCCGAGCUCAGCUGGUUAGGGUUGGUACCCUCCCAAGUACUGGAAGUUACAGCUCCCAUGGAAGAGGAUUUCGAAACGGUUUCAGAAGAUUCAAUGGCAAAAACACUGUGAAAGCACAGCCGGUAAGUGCUGGCACCCUCCCAAGCAAUAGUGUCAGCGUUGGGAAUAGUUACAUAUCCCAUAGAGGACGAUUUCGAAACAGCAAUGGAAGGUUCAGCAGCCCAGGCAUCAUGAAAGCACAGCUUGCAAGUGUUGGCACCAUCCCAAAGUCUGGUGGCAGCAGUGGGAGAAGAUCUAGCUCCCACGGGGGUCCCAGCAUUGCAAAGGCCCAGCUGGUGGGUGUUGGCACCUUCCCAAGUACUGGUGGCGGCGGUAAGAGAAGGCCUAGCUCCCUAGGGGGUGCGCCUCAAAGCAGUAUUGUGAAAGUCCAGCUAGUAAAUGUUGGCACCUUUCCAAGCAGUUAUGGCAGCGGCGAAGGCAGUUAUAACUCCUAUCAAAGAAGGUCGCAAGGAAAUGAUAUAAGAUCCAGCAGUUCUAACAUUGUGAAAGCACAACUGAUAGGCAUAGGCCUCCUCCCAAACUCUGGUGGCAGUGGUGAUGGAAAUUAUAGCACCCAUGGAGGUGGAUCUGUGAGCAACAAUGAAAGGUCAAGUGGUCCCAGCAUUGUGAAAGCUCAGUUAGUAGGUGUUGGCACCCUCCCAGGUACUGUUGGCAGCACUAAUGGCAGUGGUGGUGGAAAUUCUAGCACCCAAGGUGAAUCUGAGAGUGCCAUUGAAAGGUCCAGUGGUCCCAGCAUUGUAAAGGCUCAGCUUGUAGGUUUUGGCACCCUCCCAGGUACUGUUGGCAGCACUAAUGGCAGUGGUGGUGGAAAUUCUAGCACCCAAGGUGAAUCUGAGAGUGCCAUUGAAAGGUCCAGUGGUCCCAGCAUUGUAAAAGGCUCAGCUUGUAGGUUUUGGCACCCUCCCAGGUACUGUUGGCAGCGGUGGUGGAAAUUCUAGCACCCAAGGUGAAUCUGAGAGUGCCAUUGAAAGGUCCAGUGGUCCUAGCAUUGUAAAGGCUCAGCUUGUAGAUUUUGGCACCUUCCCAGGUACUGUUGGCAGCACUAAUGGCAGUGGUGGUGGA